CCUAUUUCCAGUCGAAAUGUCAUCUACCGCCGCCAAAAAAGACGUGAAAAGCUCGGCUGUUCCAGUCACUGCUGUCGUUGAGAAGAAGGAAUUCGAGGAGGAAGAAUUUGAGGAAUUUCCGGUUCAGGAAUGGGCUGAGCGUGCCGAAGGAGAAGAGGAUGAUGUGAACGUUUGGGAGGAUAAUUGGGAUGAUGAGACUCAUGAAAGCGAAUUUUCGAAGCAAUUGAAGGAGGAACUCCGCAAAUCUGGACACCAAGUCGCCUAAAUUUCCGAUUUUUCGCCCAUUUUUUUUUUGCUCUAAAAAUUUCCGAUUUUUCCCAUUUUCUCCCGUUUUUCCCCAGUUUCGCCGUAAAAAAUGCUCAUUUUUGAGCAUUUUUCCCCAAUUUUUUGCGAUUUUUUUCCUAAUUUAUUCUCCAUCACAAUUUUCCGCCGCUUUUCCUCAUUUUUUACCCCUUUUUUUGUGAAAAUUUUGGAUUUUAUCCAUAUUUCCUCCCUUCUGAAAUGUAAAAUGAACUCAAUUUUUGCGGAAAAAAUUAUUUAAAAUUUU